AUGCACUCUACUAGUACCAGACAAAGAAGUCCAUUUGGAACUGUUUGCGUCAGAAGACAAUCGUCGGGAGAUUCCGCCAAGAUCCACCGAGCAGCUAACCGUGCCAUCUCCGACACAAAGGGAGCCAUUCAUAAUUUGAUGCGUUUCUUCUCAAUAUUCCAAGGACAACCCAAGUAUUACUUUGCCCCAAAAGUGUUUGCUGCCAUUGGCCGCACAUUCGAUGAGGAGCUGACUAAUGAUGAUCAAAUCAAGUUUGUCUUUGAUUUGAUCGAGGCUCGAGAAAGAGUUGACAUCAAGAAGAUUUGCCUGGCAAAAAAUGGAAGAAUCUAUUGCCAGAUCAAAGUCACACCUGUUCUGAUUGCCCCUGACAAGGCAACGAUCCGAUACAUGACAUUUUAUGCCACUCCGGGUCGUAAUGGAAUGAUCACUGAUUUUGAGCUCGACAAUGAAGUCGAGAUCAUUCGCGGAAAAGGCAAAUCAACGCCUGUCGUCAAGACAACAACAGCAGGAACAACAAGUGUCUCGGUAUAA